UAAGAUCUAUUCCAGAGACCGACUCCACCUGCUCCAAAAAAAGCAGCAGUGUUAAACUGAAACAUCUGUUUUUUCAGCUUCUGUCUAAACCUGGAGAUGGAUUUAUAUGGGAAGAUGGCUGCCACUCAAGACAGCAAACAGAAGGAUAACUCGGAUCAGAACUUUGACUACAUGUUUAAACUGUUAAUCAUCGGGAACAGCAGCGUCGGUAAAACGUCGUUCCUGUUUCGCUACGCCGAUGAUUCAUUCACAUCAGCGUUCGUCAGCACAGUGGGGAUCGACUUCAGGGUCAAAACCGUGUACAGGAACGACAAAAGCAUCAAGUUGCAAAUCUGGGACACAGCGGGCCAGGAACGCUACAGGACCAUCACUACAGCUUACUAUCGUGGAGCCAUGGGAUUCAUCCUGAUGUACGAUAUCACUAAUGAGGAGUCCUUCGCUGCUGUGCAAGACUGGUCGACUCAGAUUAAGACUUACUCAUGGGACAAUGCCCAGGUGAUCCUAGUUGGAAACAAAUGUGACAUGGAGGAGGAGAGGAUAGUGUCUGUGGACAGUGGAAGACUCCUGGCAGAACAGCUGGGUUUUGGGUUCUUUGAGACGAGCGCAAAGGACAAUAUUAACGUCAAGCAGACUUUCGAGUACCUGGUGGACGUCAUCUGCGAUAAAAUGGCCGACAGCCUUGAGAGCAACCCGGCUGAAACCACCGGAACCCCUACAACCAAACUGACUGACAACGCUGUACCGCCCCAGCAGUCCGAGUGCAGCUGCUAGUGAUACCUGCUUAGGCUGUGUGUACGUUUGUGUGUGUGUGUGUGUUGGAUUUCUGUGCUGUUGCCAAUCUUUCAAAGACAAAAAUAUAUCACCAAACCUAAAGGCCAAAUUGUAGACUGGGUAGAAGAUUUGCAGAACUUUUUACUGUCUCUAAUCUCGAACGCUAGAUUAGGACUAUCAAUAUGGAACUUGCGGUUUAAAUUACUAUUGCUCAAAAGACUAAAGGUGCCAAACUAUGACGGUGAGAAAGCGAGAGAUGUGUGAUUCUAUCACUGUAAAAGCCUUAUCUUAUGCAUUGAGGUUUAGCUAAUUGCAGAUCGACAACAGUGGAAUAUGCUGUUUGUCAUGUAAGAUGAAAAGAA